UGCAGCUUCGAUGUGCGCGAUACCAUGGCCAUUGAGCAGCCCAGACAUUGGUCAGCUCCGGAGGUGUUUGGCUCUCGUGCCAAAUUUCAUUUUGACUCGCAGCCAGCUACAUUGGAAAUUAAGGAUAUCAAAAGGCAUGAUCAAGGCAUUUACCGUUGUCGUGUCGAUUUUCGCACAGCUCAAACACAGAGCUUCCGUUUCAAUUUGUCUGUAAUAAUACUUCCGGAGCAGCCCAUCAUACUGGACCGUUGGGGUCGUCAACUGAAUGGCACACAAUUGGGUCCCAAGCAGGAGGGCGAUGAUAUUGUUAUCACUUGUCGUGUGGUGGGCGGUCGACCGCAACCGCAGGUCCGCUGGCUCGUAAAUGGACUACUUGUCGACAAUCAAAACGAGCACAAUUCUGGCGAUGUUAUCGAGAAUCGACUGUUGUGGCCAUCGGUGCAGCGCAACGAUUUGAAUUCCGUAUUCACAUGUCAGGCAUUGAAUACGCAAUUAGAUAAGCCCAAGGAAAAGAGCUUCAUACUGGACAUGCAUUUGAAACCAUUAACCGUUAAAAUUCUGGAUCCGCCCAGUUCAAUGAUUGCCGAUCGACGCUACGAAGUCACCUGUGAAUCGUCCGGUUCACGUCCGAAUGCCAUCAUCACCUGGUACAAGGGAAAACGUCAAUUGCGACGCACAAAGGACGACAUAUCAAAGAACUCGACACGCUCCGAGCUGAGCUUUGUGCCCACCACAGACGACGAUGGCAAAUCGAUAACAUGCCGUGCGGAAAAUCCAAAUGUGAACGGCCUCUAUUUGGAGACCAUGUGGAAAUUGAAUGUCGUUUAUCCUCCAUUGGUGACGCUGCGCCUGGGCUCCACGCUGACACCGGAUGAUAUCAAGGAAGGCGACGAUGUUUACUUCGAGUGUCACGUACAAUCGAAUCCUCAAUGGCGGAAACUGUUGUGGUUACAUAAUGGCAUUCACUUGGAACACAAUACCUCGGCUCGCGUCAUACGCUCCAAUCAGAGCCUGGUGCUGCAGAAGAUAACGAAACACUAUGCCGGAAAUUAUGCGUGCAGCGCCAUCAACGACGAAGGCGAAACGGUCAGCAAUCAGUUGCCGCUGCGCGUUAAAUAUACACCUGUUUGCAAGCACACGGAUCGUGUUAUACUAAUUGGUGCCUCCAAGGAUGAGACUGUUGAGGUAGUAUGCGAGAUACAAGCGGAUCCGCCGCCACGAACAUUUCGCUGGAAAUUUAACAACUCAGGCGAAACUCUGGACGUGGGCAGUGAACGAUUCAGCGUGAAUGGAAGCCGCAGCAUUUUAAAGUACACUCCGGUUACAGAUCAGGAUUAUGGUACACUGUCCUGCUGGGCAGCUAACGAAGUGGGAACACAGCAGCAUCCCUGUCUCUUUCAAGUUGUUUUAGCAGCUCUGCCAAAUGGCGUCAGCAAUUGCAGCAUCUUCAAUCGCACCGAACUGAGUGUUGACAUACAAUGCAUUCCCGGCUACGAUGGCGGCCUGCCGCAAAUAUUUGUGCUCGAAAUGUUUUCAACACGCACCGGCAUUACCAGAUUCAAUCUGAGCAACGCGGAGGAGGCGCUCUUCUCGCUGGAGAAUCUGGACACGCUCACCUCGAUGAUGAUGCAGGAGAACAACUCAUUGAGGCUGCGCAUUUACUCCUACAAUCAAAAGGGACGCAGUGCAGCAUAUCUGUUGCCCGAUUUCAUAAUUGGCUCAACGGCUUACAAGACAGACGACGAUGUGACGCUAACGCUGUCGCCGGUGAUUGUUGGCAGCGUUCUAACCAUCAUAAUUAUUGGGGUGGCCAUCGCGAUACGCAUCUUUGUGGUUACAUUCGUGCACAAUCUGCGACGCAAUCGCCAGCACGGCAACAAGGCGACGGCAGCGGGCGUGGUCACCCAAGCGGGCGACGUCUUCAAGAGCAACAACCUGGAGAAGCCGCGCUGGCAGCACACGGACAUAAAAACGAAAUCAUCUGAGGAUUUGGUCGAGGAUGAACGUGAUCCAGAUGUUAUACCCUCACAAUAUGUUGGCGGCAGCAGCGCCGGCAGCAGCGGCAGCAAUGCCUCCAAUGUCGGCAGCACCACAGCCACCGGCACCGCCACCGGCAGCAGCACGUCGACAGCGGUGGCUGCUGCUGCCCCUGCAGCCGACCGCGAUGCGCAUCAGUUUGCGGCGACAACAGCAUCAGCUACAGCAUCUGCAUCAGCAACAGCAGCAGCAGCAACUGCUGCAACGCCAUCAGCUGUUGGACUCGUUGGCAGCAUUUCCAAAUGGUCACCCAAUGGCAAUGCACCGGCCAUGACGACGACUACAGCGCUGUCCAGUGAUCCGGCGAAUCCGCCGGUCACCUACAACCAGAUCAAUGCACAGCGAGCGCAGCUGCUGGCCGCCGUCGCAGCGGUGGGAGGGGGCUGCAGCAGCACCGUCAUCUCGCCCAGCAGCAGCAUGAUGGGCAGCCUGGGCAUGGGCAUGGGGAUGGGCAUGGGUGGCGGUGUGGGUGGCGGGAAGCCAUUGACACUGGGCAUGGGUGGCACCAUCAUUGGAUCGCCCACAUCGCUGUCCUCGACUGCGACGCUGGCAGCGCAUUUGCAGCCGGCGCACAGCAGCGGCGUCGGCACUCUGCCGCCCGGCCUGGGCAGCGGCGGUGGGUAUAUACUGAAUGCCUAUGCCAGUGGCAGGCUGCAGCAUACGCAGGGUCACACGGCCACCUUGAAUCGCCAUCAUCAUCAUCAGCAACAGCAGCAGCAGCAGCAGCAACAUCAUCAUCAUCAGCAACAUCAUCAGCCGGGCUCCGGUUCCAGCUUGCUGCUGGGCAGCGUGGGCAGCGUUAUGGGCGUGGGCGUGACCUCGACAACAACCACCUCGUGCAAUUCGUCACAGGAUUUGGAUGACAACAUCAAUAUAAAUGCGAUUAAAGAUUGCCUCAUGACCCAGCGUGUGCCCGAGAGCUGCGUCUAAUUCGUCUAGACGCAAGAUCUUCGACUAUGGCGAAGCAGACGUAAGCGGCUAGACCUAAACCUAGACUAGAUGGUCAGCUAAUCGUGUUAAUUAUAUACAUAUAUACUGAUAGAUAUAUAUGUAUGUAUAUACGUGUGUAAGUAGUUCUAUGUAUAUAUGAAUCUGUUAUAGUUCUGUUCUCGUUAAGGUGCUGUGCAUAGCUAAGUUCUAUUCUAUUAUGACCAUCUGGCCUAUCUUCCGCAUAGAUUUAAAGGCAUAUCCUUUUCCAAUAUCAAAAGAGAAAUAUCGAUAGGCGCAUAUCCAAAGAUUACUUAUUGAAUCAUAUCAAUGUAUGUAUAUGUAUGUAUAUUUGAGAACAUAAAUGCGACUCAGUCAAUAAAUCGAAAAUUUAUCGAUACCAUAUCGAUUAAAGGAUAUCAUUUAAAACAGAUUCCAAUUCAGUCUAAAGCUAAAUUAGAAAGCAACA